AUGGGCAUGUUUCUCAAUUUAAGGUCCAGUAUAAAAGAGAAAGCCAUGGACAAUGGACUAAGCCUGCCCAUUUCAAGAAACGGUAGCUCGAACAAUAUCAAGGAUAAACGCUCACAGCAUAACUCCAACUCAUUAAAGGGCAAAUAUAAGUACCAGCCGCGUUCCACACCGUCUAAAUUCCAGCUUACAGUGAGCGUCAUAUCCCUUAUUAUUAUCGCCGUUCUCUCGUUAUAUCUGUUCAUAUCGUUUCUUUCCGGAAUGAACAUCGGUGUAUCCACGCAGAAUGAAAGGUCGCUAUUGGGUUCCUCGAAAUCCUCUGAAAAUUACAAGACAAUCGACUUAGAAGAUGAAGAAUAUUACGACUAUGAUUUUGAGGAUAUUGAUCCUGAAGUGAUUUCAAAAUUUGAUGAUGGUGUGCAACAUUAUCUGAUAUCUCAAUUUGGUUCAGAAGUCUUGACUCCCAACGAUAAUGAAAAAUAUCAAAGAGAACUUAACAUGCUGUUCGAUUCCACUGUUGAAAAAUACGACCUAUCGAAUUUUGAAGGUGCUCCAAACGGAUUGGAAACACGUGAUCACAUUCUUUUAUGCAUUCCACUAAGAAACGCAGCGGAUGUAUUGCCUUUGAUGUUCAAGCAUUUGAUGAACCUGACUUAUCCACACGAACUGAUUGAUCUGGCCUUUUUGGUCAGUGAUUGUUCAGAGGGUGACACCACAUUGGAUGCUUUAAUAGCGUACUCUAGGCAAUUUCAAAAUGGCACAUUGUCCCAGAUUUUUCAAGAGAUUGACGCUGUCAUUGAUUCUCAGACAAAAGGCACCGACAAGUUAUAUCUUAAAUAUAUGGACGAAGGUUAUAUUAACCGUGUCCGCCAGGCAUUUUCACCACCAUUCCAUGAAAACUAUGACAAGCCAUUUAGAUCAGUGCAGAUUUUCCAGAAGGAUUUUGGCCAAGUGAUUGGACAAGGUUUUAGUGACAGACAUGCUGUUAAGGUUCAAGGUAUAAGAAGAAAAUUAAUGGGAAGGGCAAGAAAUUGGUUAACUGCCAACGCUUUGAAACCAUACCACUCAUGGGUUUAUUGGAGAGAUGCUGAUGUAGAGCUUUGCCCCGGGUCAGUUAUUCAAGACUUGAUGAGCAAAGACUAUGACGUUAUUGUCCCCAACGUUUGGAGACCACUACCUACAUUCUUGGAAAGUGAGCAACCAUACGAUUUGAAUUCUUGGAUGGAAUCUCAGGAGGCAUUGGCAUUGGCAAAAACGCUUGACGAAGAUGAUGUUAUCGUAGAAGGCUAUGCAGAAUAUCCAACGUGGAGGGUUCACUUGGCCUAUAUCAGAGAUGCGGAAGGUGAUCCAAAUGAAGUGGUAGACUUGGAUGGUGUUGGGGGAGUUUCUAUCCUAGCAAAGGCCAAAAUAUUUAGAAAUGGGGUACAGUUUCCUGCAUUUACUUUCGAAAAUCAUGCAGAAACAGAAGCGUUUGGUAAGAUGGCAAAGAAAAUGGGGUAUAGAGUUGGUGGCUUACCGCAUUAUACUAUUUGGCAUAUUUAUGAACCAAGCGAUGACGAUUUGAAGGAAAUUGCAGCAAGGGAAAGAGAGAAGAGAAGACAAUCAGAGUAA